AUGGGUGUGAAGGAGUUCUUCAAAAAGCGGUCCUUGCGCCAAAAGGAUAAUGGGCGGACCAACGCUGCUGAGUUGACCUUGAAGGAGUCGCUCUACCCCAUUAUCCUAGUCACCAUCCUCUUCUUUCUUUGGGGUUUCUCUUACGGUCUGCUUGACACCCUCAACAAGCACUUUCAAGUUACGCUCGGCAUCACCAGAGCUAGGUCUUCCGGUUUGCAAGCCGCUUAUUUUGGCGCAUACCUCCUCGCGAGUCUUGGUCAUGCCGCCUGGAUUCUGAGACACUGGGGCUACAAGGCCACCUUCGUCUUCGGCCUGUUCCUCUACGGCCUCGGCGCCAUCAUCGCAAUCCCCUGCAUCAUCGCCAAGAGUUUCGGCGGCUUCUGUGCCGCGAUUUUCAUCAUCGGCAACGGCCUCGGCUCCCUCGAGACGGCUGCGAACCCGUACAUCACCGUCUGCGGCCCCCCCAAGCACAGCGAAAUCCGAAUCAAUAUCUCGCAGGCCUUCAACGGUAUCGGUACCGUCGUAGCUCCCGUUAUGGGAUCCUACGUCUUCUUCAACUUUGACGACGAGCGCGCUCUGCAGAACGUCCAGUGGGUCUACCUCGCCAUCGCCGUCUUCGUCUGGGCCCUUGCCAUAGUCUUUUGGCUCUCCCAUAUCCCCGAGAUUACCGACGCCGACAUGGAGUUCCAGGCCUCCGAGACCCAUGCCAACACCGAUAGCAAGCCUUUCAUCAAGCAGUACCGCCUGUUCCAUGCGUCUUUUGCUCAAUUUUGCUACACUGGUGCUCAGGUUGCCAUUGCUGGAUUCUUCAUCAACUACGUAACUGAACGUCGCGAGAACACCGACAACGCACUCGGUGCCAAGUUCCUCGCAGGUGCUCAGGCAGCUUUCGCAAUCGGCCGAUUCGUUGGUGUCGGUAUCAUGAACUAUAUCAAGCCUCGCUGGGUUUUCCUGGCGUUCCUCUCCAGUUGCGUCAUCUUCAUUGCGCCGUCCAUCACUCAGGUCGGCAACACUGGUAUGGCAAUGCUGUAUGUUGUCCUGUUCUUCGAGUCCAUCUGUUUCCCGACCAUUGUGGCGCUUGGUAUGAGGGGUCUUGGAAGGCAUUCCAAGCGAGGCAGCGGCUUCAUCAUUGCUGGUGUCUCCGGUGGUGCUGUGGUUCCUCCUUUGCUUGGCGUCGUUGCCGACAGCACAAGGAACAUGGGAACCGCCAUGGUUAUUCCGCUCGUCUUCUUCGUCUUGGCAUGGUCUUACGCCUUCGCUGUCAACUUUAUCCCCAGCUACCGCAACGUCGUGGAUGCUUUCACAGAGACCGACAUUGGUGUUAGGCCUGUUGAAGAGGAGAAGGGAGGAAUCGAAGCCGUCGAGGAUAAGCAGGCAAAGAACGAUAUUCCUACCGUGCGUUGA